GGCGGUGACGGGAAAGAUGCAGGUCGCUGCCCAGGAUUACCGGAAUGUGCCCAUCGACAUCCAGACCAGCAAGCUGCUGGACUGGCUGCUGGACCGGCGGCACUGCGGGCGGCGCUGGCCGGCGCAGGUGGCGCAGGUGCGGGAGCGGAUCCGGGCGGCGCUGCAGGACAUGCCCGAGCACCCCGAGAUCCGAGCGCUGCUCCAGGGCUCCUACCUGCACUACUUCCACUGCCUGCGCAUCGUGGAGAUCCUCAAGGGCACCGAGGCCUCCACCAAGAACCUCUUCGGGCGCUACUCGUCCCAGAGGAUGAAGGACUGGCAGGAGAUCGUGUCCCUCUACGAGAAGGACAACGCCUACCUGGCCGAGCUCUCGAGCCUGCUGGGGCGCAGCGUCAGCUACGAGGUGCCGGCGCUGCGGCGGCAGCGCGGCCGCUGGCAGCAGGCGCAGCAGGAGCUGGCGCGGCGCGAGGACGAGUGCCAGCUGCGGGCGGGCGAGCUCCGCGAGCGCUUCCUCAGCUCCUGCCGCCAGUACGGCAUCGCCGGCGAGGACGUGCGCCGGGAGCUGCUGGCCCAGGUGCAGGCGCUGCCGUCGCUGCUGUCCCGCGUCGGGGACGGCGCCAGCGCCCUCGGGGACGCCAUCGAGCUGUACCAGGCCUGCGUGGCCUUCGUGUGUGACAGCCCCGGGGCCGAGGCGCUGCCGCUGCUGCGGCUGGUGGCGGCGCACGGGAACUGCUCGGUGUUCCGGUGGCGCACGGGGCAGGAGCCGCGGCGGCUGGAGCGGCCCGAGCCGCCCGAGGCACCGGAGCCGCCCCGCCAGGACACGAUUGACUGGGGGGAUUUCCCCGCGGAGCCGCCCCAGGCCGGGGACAUCGACUGGGGCAUCACCGUGGAGCCCGGGCCCCAGGGGGACGGUGGCAUUGAUUGGGGUGACGGAGAGAAGGGACAGGAGGGGACAACCACAGCAGAGCCCAGCUCCCAGGGGGACGAUGGCAUCGACUGGGGCGACGGAGAGCAGGGACAGGAGGGGACAAUCACAGCAGAGCCCAGCCCCCAGGGGGACGAUGGCAUCGACUGGGGCGACGGAGAGCAGGGACAGGAGGGGACGAUCACGGUGGUGGAGUCUGGAACUGAGGCCCCCGAGGGCGUUGCCCGCGGCUCGGACGCGCUGACCGUGCUGGAGAACCCCGAGACUCGGAACCAGUUCAUCGACGAGCUGAUGGAGCUGGAGCUGUUCCUGGCGCAGCGGCUGCUGGAGCUGGAGGACGAGGCCGACGUGGUGGCCAUGAGCCAGCUGCAGCUGGCGCCGGCCGUGCUGCAGGGCCAGAGCGGCGCGCGGCUGCGGGCGCAGCUGGCCACGGCGCGGGAGCUGCUGGCCCAGCUCUGCUCCCGCAGCGUGCAGCACCUCUGCAUGAUCCUCGCCUCGCCCAGGUACGUGGAGCGGGUGACGGCGCUGCUGUCCCUGCCCCACAGUGUGACCCCUGUCCCUGUCCCUGUCCCCAGGUACGUGGAGCGGGUGACAGCCCUGCUGCGGCAGCAGCUGCUGCAGGCCGAGCUGCAGCUGGCCAAGAGGGAGGCGCUGGGGCAGCGGCGCCGCCAGGCCCUGGCCGAGCAGGCGGCGCUGGAGCCGCAGCUGCAGCAGCUGCAAGAGAGCACCAGGGAGCUGCAGCGGCUGGUGAGGGACCCUGAGCUGGGGACAGCGACCUACCCCGGCCCCUGA